AGUCUUGGUUUAAAAAGAAACAGAAACAUACACAGGGGGGUUGGUGAAUGGUGCCGACCGCGGCCAUCGCACUUGGAGGCUAUUUUUUGGGGGGUGAGUAGCGUCAAUGGAGUUACUUUGCGCCCACUCCUAGCGGCACGGGCUUGGGUUCCGCGGGCUGACCGUCCCCCGCAGGGGUGCGGGGCUGGGGACGCCGUGGGCCUGGCCGCCUCCCUCGCCGCGACCCCGGAUGGAUGCGCGCCCCCCACCCGCCCGCGCCGGCCCCAGGAGCUCCGGGUUUCGGGAGCAUCCUUCCCGCGCCGGCCCCCGUCGUGGCGCGUAGCCGAGGGCAGCGCCCCUCGAAAGGGCACCGCGGACCAAGCCUGGCUGAAUGGCCCGUGACUCUGAUCCUGGAGGCUGUCAGAAAUUUCUCCUUCGCCUUCAUUGACAAAUGAGAUGGAAGAGAAGAGGCGAAAAUACUCCAUCAGCAGUGACAACUCUGACACCACUGACAGUCACGCCACAUCCGCAUCAAGAUGCUCCAAACUGCCCAGCAGCACCAAGGCAGGCUGGCCUCGGCAGAACGAGAAGAAGCCCUCAGAGGUGUUCCGGACAGACCUCAUCACCGCCAUGAAGAUCCCAGACUCGUACCAGCUCAGCCCGGAUGACUACUACAUCCUGGCCGACCCUUGGCGACAGGAAUGGGAGAAGGGGGUGCAGGUGCCCGCCGGAGCCGAGGCCAUUCCUGAGCCUGUGGUGAGGCUCCUGCCACCGCUGGAAGGCCCCCAGAGCUCCCCUGGCCACUCCAGACUUGGCGAGGGCUCCCGGCCCGACUGGCCGGGGGGCAGCCGCUAUGACCUGGAUGAGAUCGAUGCCUACUGGCUGGAGCUCAUCAACUCCGAGCUCAAGGAAAUGGAGAGGCCUGAGCUGGACGAGCUGACGCUGGAGCGGGUGCUGGAGGAGCUGGAGACGCUGUGCCACCAGAACAUGGAGCGGGCCAUCGAGACGCAGGAGGGGCUGGGCAUCGAGUACGAUGAGGACGUGGUCUGCGACGUGUGCCGCUCCCCCGAGGGCGAGGAUGGCAACGAGAUGGUCUUCUGUGACAAGUGCAACGUCUGCGUGCACCAGGCUUGCUACGGGAUUCUCAAGGUGCCCACGGGCAGCUGGCUAUGCCGGACAUGCGCCCUGGGCGUCCAGCCGAAGUGCCUGCUCUGCCCCAAGCGAGGAGGGGCCCUGAAGCCCACCAGAAGCGGGACCAAGUGGGUGCAUGUGAGCUGCGCUCUGUGGAUUCCUGAGGUCAGCAUCGGCUGCCCCGAGAAGAUGGAGCCCAUCACCAAGAUCUCACACAUCCCGGCCAGCCGCUGGGCUCUGUCCUGCAGCCUCUGUAAAGAGUGCACGGGCACCUGCAUCCAGUGCUCCAUGCCCGCCUGCGUCACGGCGUUCCACGUCACAUGCGCCUUCGACCACGGCCUGGAAAUGCGGACUAUCUUAGCCGACAACGAUGAGGUCAAGUUCAAGUCCUUCUGCCAGGAGCACAGCGACGGGGGCCCCCGGGGGGAGCCCGCGUCCGAGCCCAUGGAGCCCAGCCCAGCCAGCAAGGACCUGGAGAAGGUGACGCUCCGCAAGCAGCGGCUGCAGCAGCUGGAGGAGGAAUUCUACGAGCUGGUGGAGCCGGCCGAGGUGGCCGAGCGCCUGGACCUGGGGGAGGCGCUGGUGGACUUCAUCUACCAGUACUGGAAGCUGAAGAGGAAAGCCAACGGCAACCAGCCCCUGCUGACCCCCAAGACCGACGAGGUGGACAACCUGGCCCAGCAGGAGCAGGACGUCCUGUACGGCCGGCUGAAGCUCUUCACCCACCUGCGGCAGGACUUGGAGAGGGUUAGAAAUCUGUGCUACAUGGUGACAAGGCGCGAGAGAACGAAACACACCAUCUGCAAAGUCCAGGAGCAGAUUUUCCACCUGCAGAUGAGACUUAUUGAACAGGAUCUGUGUCGAGAGCGGUCCGGGAGAAGAGCCAAGGGCAGGAAGAGCGACUCCAAAAGGAAAGGCCGCGAGGGCCCAAAGGGAAGCCCCGAGAAGAAAGAGAAAGUGAAGGCGGGCCCUGACUCCGUCCUGGGGCAGCUGGGCCUCUCCACCUCCUUCCCCAUCGACGGCACCUUCUUUAACAGCUGGCUGGCGCAGUCCGUGCAGAUCACCGCCGAGAACGUGGCCAUGAGCGAGUGGCCGCUUAACAACGGGCACCCGGAGGACCCGGCCCCGGGGCUGCUGUCGGAGGAGCUGCUGCAGGACGAGGAGACGUUGCUGAGCUUCAUGCGGGACCCCUCGCUGCGGCCCGGAGACCCCGCCCGGAAGGCGCGCGGCCGCACCCGCCUGCCGGCCAAGAAGAAGUCAGCCCAGGACAGGCCCGGGUCACAGACCACUCCGGACAAGCCCCCCAAGAAGCCUUGGGGUCAGGAUACGGGCAGUGGCAAGGGAGGGGGUCAGGGGCCACCCACCAGAAAACCACCACGGCGAACAUCUUCCCACUUGUCCCCCAGCCCUGUCGCCGGGGACUGCCCUCUCUCGGCCACCCCCAGGAGCCCCCCACUACUGGCCCCCGACACCCUGGCCCCAGUGGCCACCGACUCGAAUGUCCAAGUGCCUGGCCCGACCUCAAGCCCUAAGCCGUCAGGCCGCCUCCGGCCGCUGCGUGAGAACAAGGGAACCCGGAGAUCGCCGGGGGCCAGGCCUGACGCCGGGGCGGGACCACCUUCUGCUGCGGCCGAGAGGCCAAAGGUCAGCCUGCACUUCGACACGGAGACUGAUGGUUACUUCUCUGACGGGGAGAUGAGCGACUCGGACGCGGAGGCGGAGGACGGCGGGGUGCAGCGGGGCACCCGGGAGGCAGCUGAGGAAGUGGUCCGCAUGGGGGUACUGGCCUCCUAAGGCAGCCUGGGCCCCUGUCCCGGGCCCUGCUCUGGUCCCCCCUCCCCCUCCCGCGAGGCCUCAGCCCAGUCACAACUGCCAUUUCUAUUCUUCGCUGAGUGUCCCAGACCCUCCCGAGGCUCCCCCUCGGCUGUGGUUUUAUUUUUUAAUAAUAGAGUUUUGAAUUCCACACCUGUCUUUCCUCUGUGCUGGCCUAGGACAUUAGGGUUCCUUGCACGGCUCUGGCCAGGGAGAGCGAGCCGGGCUCCUGGCUGAGUGCAGGCGAGAACUCAGGACUCCAGCCCGCUGCCACCAGGCCACGCAGACUGUCAAUUGGGCAUUAUUUCAUGGCAGAUGGGCCAGCCCAGGGCCUGCCCCGCCUCGUCCCCGAGUUCCACUGGGGUCCUUUUUUUUGGGGGGGGGGUCCUGCUGCACUCCACUGAUCCCCAAGGAAGUAGUCAGUGACACCAGCCAGAGUCUAUCACUGUCACAAGCACAACGAGGUUAUCCGAGAAAGCACUGAGGGGGUGCAGAGGGCCCGGCCGCCAGUUUCAGGGGAACCACAGCCGUCCCUGAGAAUCCCCCACGCCCGAGGCCUGCCCGUCCACCCCGCACCCCUCCGCUCCCUUGCUGCCCCUCCCUGCCAGCGCCCAGCCCGGCGGCUCUGUGUAGGGGUUCCCAGAAUCCUUCCUGAGCUGUGCCACUUACUCAGGGGACUCCCGAACAGCAGCUGCCUGGGCGGGCAGGGGCUGCAGAGGAGGGCCAGUGCCCAGACAGGGACUCGGGGCACAGACUUGCCGGCUGCAGAGCCCCCUUCUGGGGCUCCAACUUCCUUCCUUCCUUAGGGGCUAGUCUCAGCCCAAGUCUGGUCACUCCCCCCGACGGCAGACCAGGCCAGACCGUUUGCCUUUUCAAGUUUCCCAGCCCUGCUAAGAGAUGAGCUUCUUCCUUGGUUUCCUGUAGGAAACAACUUCCAACACGCAGUGGGAUCCCGGGGCCCGGGGUGGGCCAGCGCGAAGUCCUGCUGGAUGGUUGUUCCUGGUUCCACUGUCCCUCCCAGCCUUAACACCCCCCCCCAUCCCCGUUGCCCUCCACCCCUACCCCUGCCCCCCAGCCCUGUGUCCUGCCUUCCAGACCUCACCCCUCCAGGUUCCAGGUGGUUUGCUCGGAAGCGUUUGAGUGGAGUGGCCCCAGGGUGAUCGCUCAGGGAACAAACAAAAACAAAGGAAUUCAGUGAAAAUGUUUUUUUUUCUUUUACAAAUUACUCCUGGGUCACUUUCACCACUGGUAAAGCCAGAACUUCUCCAACAAAGAACCUAGUAAAAGUCCAGUGAAUCAGUCGAAUCAUUCUACGGAUGCCAAAGAAUACUUUGACCCUAAAAACAGCACAGCCUGGACCUGACAGCGUGUCACUGGGACUUUUUCUAAUGGCGUUACUUUAGCAACAAAGCGACGACACCCGCUCUUUGCACACGCACCCUCGGGAGAGGACACCGCCGCCCUGCGGGCGCCAGGCACUGGCUUCCAGGUCCCAGGCAGGACCCGCCAACACUGUCGGACUCUGAGACUCACAGAGGGGGCCGGACACACUGAUAGCCCACCAGCCCGGAGCCCACCUUUACCCCCGUGGCCCCCACGCAAAAAAAAAAAAAAAUACCGCAGGUCAAAUCGGGGUGGCCGGGCACAGCUGGCUCCCAACACUCGCUGAGGUACGUGUGAAGUUCAGCAUGAACAGAAACCAAGAGAAUGACCUCGCUUCAGACACUGGGCCGGGCAGAGUGGACGCGGGGGUACGCGUCCAGGACUGCGGGUGCAGCGUGGGGGACAGCCGGGGCGUGACUGCCAUGCUGCUGGGGCUCUAGUAGCCCCCACACGGUCAGCACCGGCACCCCCCAGCACCCCCCAGUCUCUUUCUGGCCUAGAACGGACCUUCCUUCCCCAGGUUUUGGGUCACGGUUUCAUCUCUGCUGCAUUACACUCUCGGACCAUGCAGGAUGACCACCAGACUCUGCUGCGGGUGGCAUGGGGGCAGCCGGCGAUGAUGACUCAGGUCCAGCAGCUGCCGUCCUUGCCCGCGUCUCAACUCCUCCCGCCGGAAGUUUCUGGGCUCCCAGGAAUAAUGGGGGCAGGAGCAGUCCAGGAGGAGCACGAAGGGGGCAUGGCGAGGGACUAGGUGAGCCAGAUGGGCUCUGGUUGGCGUCUGGCUUUGACCUUCUCCAUGGCCUCGUCCUGUGGACUGUACACGGCUGCGGCCGGCAGAGCCACUGCUGGACUGGCUGGCACCCAGGGACCCACUUCUCUCCAGCCUGGUUCCCAGAGCUGUCUGCCAGCGGCUGCUCGCCCCUGAUAGGACGGCCGGGCUGCGGACAGGUUGCGGACUCAGUUCCUUAACACUGUGUCCUCAGCCUGGCCCCCCCCCACCACCCUCCUGCCUACUGUCCACAGUGGACAGUUUUGCUGCCCCGAGGUUAAGAGGAAAUGCCGGGAAGGGAGGCCUGAGGCCACCCAUUCCCCCCACCUCCCACACUCACUGGCCCUCCGCUGAGAGGGAGAAGCUGCUCUGUAACUCAUUCCGGUCACCCCCAUCCUCCCUCUCCCCCUCCCCUUCAUCACCGCAAGAAAGGAGAAUACAAGGAAAGUAUUUUUAUGGAUCGCAAGUGUACUUGAAAGCAGAUCAGGAGAAGCACGGGAGAGGGUCUGUUUUAUUAAUGGAGCUCUGACUUGGUGACGGUGUGAGCACUGGUAGUGCCCGCAGGCUCAGCGCCCCCCGGUGGGAGGGCGGGGAGGGUCUCCCCCAGCCCCAGGCUGGCAGACAGAGGGGCCUGAGCUGUGCUGGGACACGGUGCCCCGUGUGAGGGCGAUGGGCAUGAUGGGACUUGCCAGGGCCAUGCCUGGAGAUGCCACUGCCCGGUUCCAACUGUCAGCCGCAUCUGGAAUCGGCGUUCCCUUGCUCACUGCCAAACGUGGCCCACUUCCGCCCAUGCCCGAGCGCUGCAGAAUGAUCCAGAGCCAGGUCCUUAGGGAGGAGGCCGUGUCCCAAGCCCCUGGCCCUGCCGGCCACAUUGGCCACGGAGCCAGGGCUGGAGUCUGGGACCUCGGGCCUCUCAGGCACUUCCCGCUGCCAUGUCCCUCAGAUGCACCGUACUCUGCUCCACAUCAGCGCGGGGUGGGGGGGUGAUAUGAAUGUCGCAGGAGGAGACAUCUUCUUCUGUCUUUGUUUCAAAGAAAGUGAUGUGCCAUUUGUUAAUAUACAAGAGAAAUAUUGAAAAUAUAUUGAAAAGAGCAAUUUUAAAUUAUUUUUGGCUUAUGUUGCAAUAUUUAUUUUCUUGUAUUAGAGAAGAUUCCUUUGUAGAGAAAAAAAUGUAUUUUUCAUUAACGCAAAGACCUAUUUCUCCUUUUUGUACAUCGUCCAUGUUCGCUGCCCUUGACGAGCAAUAGAAUGUGCGGCCGCCGUGGCGUGGCCCGUGCCCGCUGUGCCCUGCAUGCCUCUGUGUUGCCGCUGCUGCGUCGCCCCCCACCCCACCCAUCCUGUCCUGCUCACUCAUGGGGGUCUCCAGAUCCAGGUCCCCUUGAGGGCCUGUCGCCCUCGGAGCCCCGCACUCCUCCUCGUGUGUUGGCAAACGCAGUUAAUAAAGCAAUGUUUUCUGUG